AUGGCUGAAUCAACUUCUGGCUCCAACAAUCUUAAAUAUGGAGAUGUAUAUAAAGCGGCUGUCAAUGGGGAGAAGGUGGAGGUUCUCCUUAACUUCUAUAUGCAACACCCAAUUUCACCCAUCAUCAAUGAUCAUCGUGAUACUGUCCUUCAUGUGCUUGCUCUGAAUCGCCGUACCGAGGCCGCCAUUGAACUAAUAAAUAAGCUGCCAAUCCACCUUCUGUCGGAGAAAAAUUGCAGAGGAAAUACAGCACUGCACGAAGCAGCCAGGAUUGGUGCUCUGAAGAUUGCAAAGUUGAUGGUGAAGAAGGAACCCAGAUUAGUCAAUAUCGGUAAUGACAUGGAAGAGACACCAUUAUAUUGGGCAGCUGCUUAUGGACAGACGAAAAUGUUUCGGUUCUUCCUCGCCAAUAUAACUACCAUUGAUGACAUCAAAUUGAGAAGAAAAGAUGGCUUUACUAUCCUUCAUGCUGCUGUGAUGGGCGAGUUUUAUGGUAAUAUUAAUUGA